CUGGGCGGUACUUUCACUUCAGUCCCCGGCUCAGGCCGGAGAUUUCACUAAGUAGUAUGGCUCUGUGCAGCGGCUGGAUGUGGGGGCUCAGCCGCCGUGUGAUGCUUUUUGGGAGCCGACCGAUCACUGCCAGACUGUGCAGGCCCCUCUCUUCCUCCCCCCAUGGCCCCCAUAUCUGCAUUGUGGGCAGCGGCCCAGCCGGAUUCUACACUGCCCAACACCUGCUAAAGCAUCACCCUCAGGCUCGUGUAGAUAUUUAUGAAAAGCUUCCUGUUCCCUUCGGAUUGGUGCGGUUUGGUGUGGCACCUGAUCACCCAGAAGUAAAGAAUGUGAUAAAUACCUUCACACAAACCGCCCUUUCUGACCGAUGUACGUUCCUGGGAAAUGUGAUGGUCGGGAGGGAUGUGACCGUGGAGGAGCUUCAGGAUGCUUAUCACGCUGUGGUGCUGAGCUAUGGUGCUGAGGACAAACGUGACCUGGGGAUACCUGGGGAGGAUUUACCUGGCGUCUACUCUGCUAGAGACUUUGUGGGCUGGUACAACGGGCUCCCGUACAACAGACACAUGUCUCCAGACCUGAGUAGUGACACAGCCGUCAUCUUGGGACAAGGAAAUGUGGCUCUUGACAUUGCUCGGAUCCUGCUGUCUCCGCUAGAGCUUCUGAGGAAGACAGAUGUCACCCAGGUUGCUUUAGAUGCGCUGACACAGAGCCGCAUCCGGAGAGUUUGGCUGAUUGGCCGCCGAGGACCCCAGCAAGUGGCAUUUACCAUAAAAGAACUGCGAGAGAUGCUUCAUCUACCUGGGACUCGUCCACUGCUUGAGCCUUCCGAUUACCAGGGCCUGGAAGAUGCCAUUAAAGACUUACCUCGCCCUAGGAAACGUCUCAGUGAGCUACUUUUGAAGUCUGCAUUGGGGAAGCCGGGUGAGAAAGAAGCUGCCCUUUGGUCCAAAGCCGAGAAAGAGUGGGGGUUGCGCUUCCUUAGGAGCCCGGAAGCGAUUCUGCCCAGUGAGGAUGGAAAAAGGGCAGCUGGUAUUCGUCUGUCCAUCACACGAUUAGAGGGUACAGGUGAAAAGGCACUGGCUGUUCCCACAGGACAGGUGGAGGAAGUGCCCUGCGGACUGAUUUUUAGCAGCAUAGGAUACAAGAGCCUCCCCAUCUCCCCAUCAGUGCCCUUCUUAACCAAACAAGGGAUUAUCCCAAACUCUAAUGGCAGAGUCCAAGGAGUUCCAGGACUGUACUGCAGCGGCUGGGUGAAGAGAGGCCCUACAGGCGUAAUCACAACGACAAUGACAGAUAGCUUUGAAACAGCACAAGCCAUGCUGGAGGAUCUGAAAUCAGGAGCCAUCAGCUGUUCUCAGCCCCGACCAGGAUCUACAACCAUUAAGGAAUCGCUGCUUCUAAGGGGUAUACAGCUAGUUUCAUUCUCGGACUGGGAAAAAAUAGAUGCAAUUGAGACUGCAAAAGGCCUGGAGGUUGGUAAACCUCGCGAGAAGAUACUAGAUCCUGAUGAGAUGUUGGGAUUGGUCAGCUCUUGAUUUACGGGUUCUGUAGCAACUGCAAGAAGAAAAGGGUUCACACAAAGGCUACUGUGGUGCAUGUUACAUGUAACUGCACCUAAAUCUGGAAGUCGGGGUAAUCACGGAGUGUCUUAGACCAUGAGCUGCACUGUGACUGUUUUUUUUAUUUUUUAUUAUUAUUUGUCCAAAACUUUAUUUGUAAAAUAUUUUUAGCACAGUUAGUAAAAUUCAAAUUUUUA